AUGUGGGUCCCGGGGCUGGGGCUGUCCCUCUGCGCGACAGGGAUCCUCCAGCUGCUCUCAGCGACAGGCAGCAUCUUCUUGGCCUCUGGUGGGUGUCAGGAGUGGCGUUCUUUUCGGCAGCACGGGGGCAGCCAUGUGGUGACCACCUCUCCCUCCCCAGCCCUGCAGCUGACCAGCGACGGCAAGACCUUCUGGAGGGUGGAGGAGGAGAUGAGCUGGUACGAGGCCCUGGACUACUGCCGGCGGCACCACACAGACCUGGCUGACCUGCAGAGCACGAGCGGCUGGAGCAGCCUCACGGCCCUCUACGCCCUCAGCAGCGGCACCGCGGCCUGGGUUGGGCUCUUCUUUGACAGGCACGUGGGUGGCCUGAGAUGGUCCAGCGGCUCCACCUUCAGCGACCCAGAGUGGGGCUCCCUGCCGAUCUACGAGGACGGCCUCUGUGCCACUCUGUACUCGAUAACCGAUGUCCCCAGCCUGGGGGCCGCCUCGUGCACAGCUCCAAAGCCCUUCAUCUGUUACUACGAUCCCACCGUCGAGUCCCGCACCUUCCUGGGGCCGGCUCUCAGCCUGACCACCUUUCUGAAACCAGCUGAGGUCCGCAUUGGUGGGCUGAUCUUCAAGCGAUUUGACCAAGAAAGGGACUGGCUGUCGGCCUUGAGGUUCUGCCGCAUACACUACACAGACCUGGCCGACCUGCAGACGGUGACUGACGAGAUGGGUUGA